UCCGCUUCCGCUUCCGCUUCCGCUUCCUUUCCUUUCUCCUCUCCUCCUCCUCCGGCCCUUUCGAUCGCUCGUCGGCGAGUCCGGAGCUAAAUUUUGUCUUUUGAUCUCGAUUGGAAGCGUCCUGGUGUGGUUCUUUUUUACUUUGUUCGACAGAUUUGGAUCUUCCUGGCGCAGCCUUCUCCUUUGAAUAGUAGCUAUCAGUAUUUUCACUUCCAUCAGGGCUUGCUUGUUGCCAGACUUAGGAUUUCAGUUUUGCAUGCAGAAGGGUAGACAUUUUGAGCUAUGGAGUAUUGUUUUUCUGAAUUAGAUUAGUGAUCACAGGCUGUUGAGGUGCUCUGUCAGUGAUUGUCAAAAUUCUCAUUUUUUGUUGAAUGUUUAACUGGAUGAGAAGGAGAGCCUAAGUUUGUCCUAGUUAGUUUCCAUGGCCCAUCAGGAUCACGAUCUAAUUGCUGCAGACUACUCUCUGGUCAUUGGUCAAGAAUUUCCUGAUGUGGAAACAUGCAGAAGAACAUUGAAGGAUAUUGCAAUAGCAUUACAUUUUGAGCUUCGGAUUGUGAAAUCUGAUCGGAGUAGGUUUAUAGCUAGGUGCUCAAAGGAUGGUUGCCCUUGGCGGGUUCAUGUGGCUAAAUGUCCAGGUGUGCUAACAUUCUCGAUCAGAACCUUGCAUGGUGAACACACAUGUGAAGGGGUUCACAACCUUCAUCACCAGCAAGCGACAGUUGGGUGGGUAGCAAGAUCUGUCGAAUCUCGAGUAAGAGAUAAUCCACAGUAUAAACCAAAGGAGAUAUUGCAAGACAUCCGGGAGCAGCAUGGAGUUGCUGUGUCUUAUAUGCAAGCGUGGAGGGGAAAGGAGCGAAGCCUAGCUGCUGUCCAUGGCACUCUAGAGGAUGGAUAUCGCCUUCUUCCUGGAUACUGUGAGCAAAUUCGGAAAACCAAUCCAGGGAGUAUUGCAGUAGUUUCUGCUGUGGGUUCGGAAAAUUGCUUCCACCGUUUGUUUAUUUCCUACCGUGCAUCAAUUUAUGGUUUUCUUUACUCCUGCAGACCUCUCUUGGAAAUUGAUAGGGUACAGCUUAGAGGAAAGUAUUUAGGGACAUUGUUCUGUGCCUCAGCUGUCGAUGCUGAAGAUAUGCUUUUCCCUUUGGCAUUUGCCAUUGUCGAUGCAGAAAAUGAUGACAAUUGGAUGUGGUUUGUGACAGAGUUGCGGAAGCUUCUUGGAGUAAAUACAGAUAAGAUGCCUGUGUUGACGAUAUUGUCUAACAGAGAGAAAGGCAUUGUACAGGCCAUUGAAUACAAUUUCCCAAAUGCUUUGCAUGGAUUUUGCUUGCGUUAUGUUACUGACAGCUUCCGAGACGAGUUCAAAAAUUCAAAGCUUGUCAAUCUCUUCUGGAAUGCUUUUUAUGCUCUUACAGCAGCUGAUUUUCAGGCUAUAGUAAAUGAAAUGAUGGAAGUCCAGGAUGUCAGACACUGGUUCGAACGUUUUCCACCCAAUCUAUGGGCAGUUGCCUACUUUGAGGGGAUUCGGUAUGGCCACUUUGCUCUGGCCAUUACUGAAGUUCUGUACAAUUUGGCACUCGAAGGCCAUGAGCUUCCCAUUGUGCAAAUGAUGGAACACAUCCGCAACCAAUUAACCAGCUGGUUCAAUGAUCGUCACCUUGUUGCUUUAUCGCUGCCCUCAGUUCUUGUGCCUUCUGCUGAGAAAAUUAUUUCAGAAGCUAGUUCAGAUUCAGUUUGUUAUCAAGUUCUCCGAGCGAACAAAGUGGAGUUUGAAAUUGUAUCAACUGAGAGAACCAAUAUAGUUGAUAUACAAUCGCGAACAUGUUCAUGUCGCCGAUGGCAAAUAUAUGGCAUACCAUGUGCACAUGCUGCUGCUGCUCUCCUAUCCUGCGGUCAUGAUGUGCGGCUAUUUGCUCAUGAAUGCUUCAGUGUCCAGAAGUACAGAGAGACAUACUCUCAACCAAUAUACCCCAUCGCAGAUAGAAAUAUGUGGAAAGAGGUGGCAGAGGGCCCAGAAGGCAGCAAUGGCAACUCAACUAUAAUCAUACGGCCACCAAAAACUCGUCGACCACCCGGUCGGCCAAAAAAGAAGGUUCUUCGAUUGGAAAGUUUGAAGCGUCCAAAGCGUGUAGUUCAGUGUGGUCGAUGUCAUCUUUUAGGACAUUCUCAAAAGAAAUGCACUUUGCCAAAUCUUAUAGGCUAAUAGUUAUCAAUAUCUAUCAGAUUUUCUUCUUUGUGCUGGUACUUGCCAUUGCCAUGAGAUGUAAUAACUGUUGUACUUUAGAUUGGUAGUCUCUUUUCCCAUUGGUUCGUUGAACCAUUCUCUCUGUAUUUUUUUUUUUCGAUCAGUGCAUGUAUUAGCAAGCAUCCUUUGAUUCAUCAAUGGUUUGUUGUUUGCUGUU